UAGUUUCCUGAUUGAACCAAUUACUUUUGAUUGAACUACCUCCAUCCAUGAUUGAACUACCUCCAUCCAUGAUUGAACUACCUCCAUCCAUGAUUGAACUAGGAAGUAGACCUAAGCUCAAGUAACUCUGAAUAAUAAAUGUAAUGACGAAUGAAAGGAAGAUCAAUAUGAGAUAGAAAGAUUCAAGGCAAUAAAUACAAAAUGGAAGAAAUCACGGAUGAUGCUUUCACACAGCUGUUGUCAGUUUUUUCGGAUUGGUAUGACCAGCAUGGAUGGAUCAGUAUGCUCAAAGUUUUGUACAGAGGUCUCUUGAAAAACAAUUAUGAGUUGAAUAAAGCUACCAAUGUGAUGGACUUAAUGAAUUUGCUGAUUGCUUCUGGAGAUCUGCACUCAACAUACCUCAGUCUUCUCUAUGAUACCAUAAACAUAACAGAGCAAUAUGGCUUGGAAAGGGAAAUGAAAGAUAUACUGCCUGUAUUUCCAAAUGUUAAAGAUGUAAUGAUUUCAAAAUUCACACCUCACAGACAAAAAGUUAUGAAGCUUGGAAUGGUACUGAUUGAUGAAGACAUAAAAAAGAUCAGUGGAUUGUAUAACAAACCAGUAAAGGAGUAUGCAGACACAUGGAGUUUGAUUAUGGAUCUGGAGCACAAUAGGAUAAUUUGUGAAGGAAAUAUGGAGGCAUUCAUUGAGAAAUUGAAUACCCUGAAACUCCAACAGGCUGUGGAAGUUUUCAAAGAAGGUAUUAAUUUAAUUGCUAUUUUAUAUCAAUGUAAUAAUUGGUGAUUAUGUCAGAGAUGGGCAAAGUCGUACAGUAAACAAAGAAUCCACAAAACAAUGCAAAUUGAUUUACAGUAGAUUUAGAUUAUCAUCAAGGGACAC